AAAGCAUUAAAGACUCAUCUUCUCCGCAAAAUGGUUAAUUAAAAUAUAAAUAAAAUUUUUACAUAUUUUUUUUUUAAUUCGACUGCUACUUACAAUGGCGCAUGCCUCGUUAUGUAUAAUUCAAUUAGUGAACAAUGUGAAAAUGUGAAUUGUGAUGUGUUAUUAAAUGUUUUUAUAGUGUUAUUCUACUUGGAUAAUCUACCUUUUUAUAUUUUUUGGAUUUAUUUAUUAAGCAAUGCUGCGCGACUACAAGCGUCGGAAACACUGAGGGGCAGCAUCCGAGAUGGGAUCCUCCCAUGCGCUAUGAAGAUGCGCGGCCACGAGAGGCGGGGCCAUGGAAUGCUACGUACCCAACAACCCGCAGUACGGCGGGGGCGAGUGCUGCCAGGGCGGCUGCCACGGGCUGUGCUGCGACCCGCUGCAGUGCUCCUGCCUGGUCAGGGACUUUCCCGAACAGUGCUGUCAGCAGCAAGAAGCCGAGACCUGCUGUCCGGAAAAUGGCUCGGAGCUGAACGCUCUAAGCGACGGAAUCGCGCCGUGCGAUGUGCUAGGCGAAGUAGGCGCUGGCGACGGCUGGCCCACGGAAGACAUGGGCUCGUUCUCAUUGCCGUCGCUCGAGCUUGACCCGCUGCCUUCGCUGUUCCCAUUCUCACCUUGCCCGGGAUAUAAGAACAACGCAGGAGAAUGUCGUGAGCGGGGAGGGGGUGAGGCGGCGGACGUCCUCCUUUCCCUCAAGCACGCCGUCGUCCACGGCGAUUGCUCCUCCGACAAUGUACACCCGCAGGUGAUGGUGAACAGUGGGAGCGGGUAUCCGUACUACGAGCACUACGGCACCGCGCCGCUCUUCCCCACCAUGAGCGUCAACGUGUCCAUGAACAUGACCAUGCAUGGCUGUCCGCCAGAUCAGCUGUGUUCUCAGGUACAAUGGAAUCAGAAUGCGUCAUCGCCGUCAGUGAAUGUAGUAUAUCCUCAAUCACAAAACGUCAUAAGUCCAACUUCAUAUCCUUCAGCGACUUACUCUUUCACAGCUGACUUUAGGACGCCCAACCAAUCAGAUCCCCUGAUAACUGCCACUUCCACAUUCAAACCACUACUCCAGAGCCCUCCGAAACCAAAUCCAAACUACAUAUUCCAGCAAAAACCGAACUUUAGCAAUCAAAAGUCAGUAGCAAUGAAAAGGCCGAAGAUGUGUGUGCAAGAGAGUCAGAAGGAACAGAAUAUAGGCGGCGGAUAUCUACUGAACCAUCAGGGACAGAUGCAUCCUCAAGAGUAUGGGUACACGACGUGUGUCAAUGCGUCUGGGAAAGUUCAGGUCGGUGCACUUAGUGGUUGUUCAGAAGACGACGAACAAAAACCAAAUCUAUGCCGUAUAUGCGGGAAGACGUACGCACGUCCCAGCACACUCAAGACCCACCUCCGAACCCACUCCGGGGAAAGACCGUACCGCUGCGGAGAUUGCAACAAAAGCUUUUCUCAAGCGGCCAACCUUACGGCGCAUGUUCGGACUCAUACAGGACAGAAGCCUUUUAGGUGUCCAAUUUGCGAUAGAAGAUUUAGUCAAAGUUCUAGUGUGACGACACACAUGAGGACGCAUUCUGGUGAAAGACCUUAUCAAUGCAGAUCUUGCAAAAAGGCUUUCUCGGAUAGUUCGACGUUGACAAAACAUCUCCGGAUACAUUCCGGGGAAAAACCAUACCAAUGCAAACUGUGCUUACUAAGGUUCUCUCAAUCGGGGAACUUGAACCGACACAUGCGGGUGCAUGGCAACAUGUCGGGCGGCAUGCUCGGCUGACAUUUGCAAAGAUGCGGCAUAUCCGCCGUAUACUCCUAGAAGAGAAGAGUCGAUGGAGGAAAAUGAAUGGAAUUCUAAAGCAUGACGUGCUAAGGAUUUCAUGAGCUGAUGAUCUUCAGGAAUACAAUGUGACUAGCAUAAGAUAUAAAUUACACAACGCAUAUCCCUAGGUACUAUAAAAUCAAAAUGUAAUUUGUAAUGAAAUUUGAGAUAAAAGUAAAUGAGAAGUAAGUAAAUGUCGUAAAUUGUAUACAAAAAAUAUCGAUAAAAUUGUGCAGUUUGGUAGUCACAGAGUUUGUAUUAAAUGUAGAAUGUUAAAUCGUAAAUCGAAUGCGAAGAAAUCGAAAGAAGAUGAAGUCUUGUAGGUAUAAUUUCCUUUGCUAGGUAUUUCGGAGUUUACGACGCUUUUUUGCCAUACUGGUAAAUCAGAUCAAAGAUCAAAUACCCAUGUGAUUAAAAAUAAUGUACAUACGGACUUUGUAAAUAAAUAAGUAAUGUUAUUAUCUAUAAGAAUAGAAUUUGUUAAUGUAGGCUCAAAUAUGGUCAGUGUUUAAAAAGCUAAUGUAGGAUAGGAAAAACCAUUUCAGUAUUUAAUGUAACCAUCUAGUCAUUACUCGAAGUAAAAACAUUAUUUUAAGUAAG